CGACGGCGACAUCGACCUUUGACCUUCGACAACCUCCGAUUUCUGCACGUCGAACCCAAGCCAUCCGCCAUUAUAUCUGCAAACAUGGCUGCUGUUCCAAGCGUGCAAUGCUUCGGCAAGAAGAAGACAGCUACCGCUGUCGCCCACUGCAAGCAAGGCAGAGGGCUCAUCAAAGUGAACGGCCAGCCGAUCUCACUUGUCCAACCAGAAAUCCUCAGAUUCAAGGUCUACGAACCCCUCCUCAUAGUCGGCCUUGACAAGUUCGCCAAUGUCGAUAUCCGCGUCCGCGUCACCGGUGGUGGUCACACUUCCCAGAUCUAUGCCAUUAGACAAGCCAUCGCCAAGGCCUUAAUCGCCUACUACCAGAAAUACGUCGAUGAGCACUCUAAGAACCAGCUCAAGCAGGCCUUUGUUCAAUUCGAUAGAACCCUUCUUGUUGCCGAUAACAGACGGGCUGAACCAAAGAAGUUCGGUGGUCCAGGUGCCCGUGCUCGUUUCCAGAAAUCUUACCGUUAAAUCUACCUCCUGCGUUUGCGAUGUGGUGGGGUUCGACGACUGGAGAUGUGCCAGAGGAUUGGUUGUUGGCGCUGGGACGGACGGGAAGAAAAUGUCAUGUCUCAAAUUAUUAUGUUUUGUUCCUUUGUAUGAAAAAAAGAGGAACGGAAUAAUGCUAUCUGCGCAAUGGCAAAACCAUUUUCAAAUCCAAUAAAAACCCAUUUUCCACCGUGGGAAUUUAUAAUGUCGCAGCCGGUAUACUAUUGCCCUUUUUCUUGGGGUUCUUGCAACAUACAGAGCCUGCUCAGGUCCCUGCCUCCCGGCAGCGCCAGAUAUGCGACGGAAUAGCGCUGGAUUGUGGCUGAUAGAAGGUAUAUCGACUGGCUCUCUCACCGAGAAAUGACGUUAUAGUGUUAAUAUGUUAUAGCAAUCUGCUUAUCCAACGGGUUCACUACCUUCAUCUGAAGAUAGGGAUCGUUUGUAGAUUCAAAACCACUUCACAUGAUAAACUUAAGGGAACUACACCUACUAUUUAAAUGUGAACCAGAAGCGUCGAGGUGUAUCCUGUUCAUUUUCUUGUUGAGUAU